AUGAGUCCUCCUGGUGCUAAAACUUACAUGGGUUGGUGGGGUCAUAUUGGUUCUCCUAAACAAAAGGGUAUCACCUCCUAUGCUAUCUCUCCAUACGCUCAAAAACCAUUGAAUGGUGCUUUCAAGAACGCUUUUUUCAAUUCUUUUAGAAGAUUCAAGUCUCAAGUUUUGUUUGUUGCCAUACCAGCAGGUAUCUAUUGGUAUUGGUGGACUAACAGUAGGGAAUACAAUGAAUAUCUAUACACCAAAGCUGGUAGAGAAGAGCUAGAGAGGAUCAAUGUUUAA